UUGAAUUUGGACUUUUAGCCUCGUAAAUUGUGAGAAAAUAGGUUUCUGUUUGUUAAAUCCACCCAUGUAUGGUAUUUCUGUUCUAGCAGCACUAGAUAACUAAGAUACUGCUGAUGGUCAUAAAUUUCAGCUGUUUAUAUCAAGUACCUUGAAUCAUGCUCAGCAGAAAGCACUGAAGUUAUAGCACAAAUUCCCUAUGAUUUCUGAUUAAAAUAUUUGUGGUGCAGAUUGGAAGGAAAUCUCUAGAGAUUCAGGAUAAGCUAAGGAUCUGAAGAAACAUUUAAAAGUAGAGGCACAUGUAAAGAAAAACAAAGGAAUGACAAAUGCUAAAGAAGGAAAAGGGGUGUGAUCAGAUGGGGGCUUCAGAAGUGCUGGUAAUGUUCUCAAGUGUCAUUGUCUCUCAAUGGACCAGCCUGCUGAAAGUUGUAGCAUUGCACCUUAAGAGGCAUGGAGUGACUUACGCCACCAUUGAUGGCUCUGUCAACCCCAAACAGAGGAUAGACUUGACUGAGGCAUUCAACAGUAAUUCCAGGGGUCCACAGGUCAUGCUAAUCUCUCUCUUGGCCGGAGGUGUUGGUCUAAACUUGACUGGAGGAAACCAUCUUUUUCUUCUUGACAUGCACUGGAAUCCAUCACUUGAAGAUCAAGCUUGUGACCGAAUUUACCGAGUAGGACAGCAGAAAGAUGUUGUCAUACACAGAUUUGUUUGUGAGAGAACAGUAGAAGAGAAGAUACUGCAGCUCCAAGAAAAAAAGAAAAAUUUGGCCAAACAGGUCCUUUCGGGAUCGGGAGAAUCUGUCACCAAGCUCACUUUGGCUGAUCUCAAAGUCCUUUUUGGCAUCUAACCACCUGUUUAUGGGGCUCAGAAUAGCGCCACCAUUGGUUUGUGUUAGGACUUGGGAAUAACAACCUAACCAUGGUCCUUGUGCUUUAUUCUUGGCAUUCUAUUUAACCGUCAAACCUUAUGCCCUCCUCAGAGAGGCCUAAUCUUGCCCCCAGAAUUGAAGAUCUGUUGUCAUGUUAAUCAGUUGGUUAUUUAAUGAGUGGCAGAUAAAAGAAAGUGCUCUGGAGUUAGAUGAUUUUGGAAAACAAGUCUGGCAG